CUCGACAUAGAAUUUUCAAGAUGGACUUCGAGGCAUGUCUUCGAAAAUUAAAACAUCUUUAGUGGUCGUUUUACAUAUAAAGGGGGCAAGAUGAAUCCCUUUCAGUACCAACAACAACAGCAGUUACAAUAUCCGCAGCAAUAUGGUCAACAGCAAGUCCAAUUCGUCCCGGCUUACCCUUAUAACAUCCAAGCCCAAUCGAGCCAACACACAGCCGCUUCGGGUCAAUAUGGCGGAACAUUCACUACUGCUUUGUCACAACAGCCAAUGGUGGGUUUAUAUACUAAUGUUGCACCUGAAGCGCAGUACGGUCAAGCUCACGGCCAUCCACAAGUUUUUAACCCGACAUUUCCAGGUCAGACUCAGAUAAACCAAACAUAUCAAACUCCGUUUGAUGGUGCUUACCAAUUCCAACAACUGGCUCCUACCAACUUACAAUCUAAUGAUGCUGUUGGCAAGUCUUCUUUAACUGCUUCAAGCUCUACAAGUUUUGAUCCUCCCCCAAUGAAUUUUCCUUCCAUGAAUGUAGCUAAUAAUAGUGGUGGUCAGCUGUCACUGGAAGAUAUCAAUCAAAAGUACACUGAACAGUAUCAAAAAUGGCAACAGCAGUACAAUGAAUGGCAAGCACAACAUGCCAAUCAUCCUGACCAGAAAUUAUUUCAAGAAUAUCAACAACAAGUACAACAAUGGCAGCAGCAGCAACAACAGCAGAUGAUACAGGCACAGGGAAUGGGCUUUGGUUUGCAAUCUCAAGCUCCCAAACAAACUCCAAAUCAACCUGGGCAGCAAACACAUAGUCAAACGGUGCAAAAUUCCUCACCUAAUCUUUCAAGUCAAGCUCUUCAGCAGACAGUAACACACCAGCAGUUUCCUUCCAUGCAAUAUCAGUCUUUCAGUAAAUUUUCAAAUCAAGACCAUGAAUUAAUUAGGAUUGAUAAUAAAGAUAACAACCCCAACUUUGCAGUCUCAUCAAAACAUGAAGAAGGAAAAGGGCCCAAUCAGUGGCAGCAAAAUCAACAGUACAAUGAACAAGGGUGGUUAAGUCAAAAAACCAAUAGCAGAUCUAAUCAAACAACACAAGUUAGUGCUGUAAAAGAGAAUAUUGCACAGGGUGGCAGUCAAAAUAACAAACCCAACUUUGCAGACUCAUCAAAACAUGAAGAAAGAAAAGGGCCCAAUCAAUGGCAGCAGUACAAUGAACCAGGGUGGUUAAAUCAAAAAACCAAUAUCAGAUCUAAUCAAACAGCACAAGUUAGUGCUGGAAGACCCAGACCAGAACUAAUAAAAGAGAGUAGUGCACAGGGUGGCUAUCAAAAUAUCAAACCAAACUUUGCAGACUCAUCAAAACAUGAAGAAAGAAAAGGGCCCAAUCAAUGGCAGCAAAAUCAACAGUAUAAUGAACCAGGGUGGUUAAGUCAAAAAACCAAUGUCAGAUCUAAUCAAACAACACAAGKUAGUGCUGGAAGACCAAGACCUGAACUCGUAAAAGAGAAGACAGACAAUAACCCAUCACAAUUGCUACCUAAAUGGAUGCAAACAGAAGGGAAUCAGUCAAAAGAAAAAAACAAUACUACUGAGAUUCAAGGAUCAACACCAAAAUGGUUACAAGGUGAUGCAAAAAUACCAGUGCCAGAUCAAGAAAAUAAAAAGCUACUGCCAAAAUGGCUUCAAGAUUCCAACAAGGAAAAAAUACCAGAACAGCAAGGAUUUCAAGAAAAUGUUAACAAACAACAAAAUAAACAGGUGAAUGAAUCAGCCAACAAACAACAAAAACAUACAGCAAAAGAUACAAAGCCAUUACCAAAGUGGCUUCAAGGUACUAAAGCCGCCAUUCCAACAUCAACUAAUACAGAAGCUGUUACAACACAGCAAACAGAAAGUUCACAAGCACAGCAAACAUCCUUAACAACAGCCAUAUCAACAACUUCUUCAGCCUUCUCAGGACUCUUUUUACAAAGGUUGGACCCAAAACAAGAGCUUGAGCUUUUGCAACAACAAUCAAUCCAGCUUUUGCAACUUGCACAGCUUGAAAAGAAGCAUAAAGAAAGCAAAUCCGCUGAUCCUGUAUCUCAAAAACCAAUCAAGGCAGAACAAAUACCAGAUACAAGUGUCACUAAGACUCAGCCCACAUCAUCUGAUAAUGUAGCAUCACAGAGUUCUCCAAGCAAUCAACAACUUAUAACUCAGACAUCUUCUGAACAUCCAGUGCAAGAUGUAAAACAGGGAGGGGAUACUGACCAAUCAACAAAGGGCAAGUUGAGAGAUGACUUGCAGAAACCCCAAGUACCUAGUUCAAAGUUGAAGUCAGUACCAUGCAGAUUUUUUCCAAACUGCAGAUAUGGUGCUGAGUGUAAAUUUCAACAUCCACCUUGCACAACAGGAAAGAGUUGUACAUCGAAAGACUGCAUAUUUGAUCAUUCAGACUUGCCUGAUGGAGUUCCAGGAACUGAUUUGAAAGUGGGUGGCUUUGGAAGCUUUAGCAAAAAGGAUGUCCAGAUUCCUGGCAUUGGAGAUGGUAGCCAUUAUGUAAAACCAAUAGCUGAUACUGAAGAAAGGCUUCAACCUAUUUCAAAGGAUUCUACUUCUGUCGAGGUUAAAAAUUAUGUUCCUCCUAAGCAAGUAAGAGAUGAAAUGGGAAGGUACCCAGAAGAUAGAAGAAGAGGAGAACCAGAUAGGUGGCAUGAUGAUGACUGGCAGCGCUGGAGAAAUGACAUGGAUARGGAUUAUGUAGGUAGGGAUGAAAGACUGAUUCCUCCAGUAGAAGAACCCCCGCCACAUUGGAAUGAUAGAGGAAGAGCUUAUCCACAAAAUAGGGAAGAAUGGGAAAAGAGUGAAAGAGAAAGACUUUGGAGAGAAAAUCGGGAGAGGUCACCUGAUUGGGCCAGUGAAAGGGACCGGCAGCAUCCAUCUAGAGAUGAAGAGUAUGCUAGAUGGUAUGAAGAUGAGAGAUGGAAAAGACAGCCUGGUGACUGGGACUACCCUCCCUACAGAGAAGAUCGAAGCCGGCCACCUUUGUCACCACCAUACAGAAGAGAACAAGAAUUUGAUAGGGAACGAUACCCUUCGAGGGAAAUGAGAGACCGCCCAUAUUAUGACCAAGAAUUAAGAAAUGAACCUCCUCACUCACGUGAAUAUGAGCAGAUGGAUAGGUAUAGUAGACCACUGUCACCUCGUCCAGACGAUUAUGACAGACGAAAAGAGUGGGAAGACAGACGAAGACAAAAUUAUUGGCCUAAUUCAAGAGAACCAGAUUGGAGCAACAGGAGAGAUCAACCAUUUGCUGAUCUCCAAUCAGACAGAUAUCGUGAGGAUUAUGGGCACCAUAGAAGGAGCCUGUCACCGCCUGUAGAUCCUUCUAGAUCUCCUAUGUAUGAUAGACAAAGGUACAGAGAUAAUCCUCCAGACUACAAGAGAAGAGAUGGCUAUUGGGAUAGAAAGGAUGGUGAUAGGGUGCGGGGUUUUAGAGAUGACAUACAUCCAGGAUGGAGGAGUCAUCAGGAGGAUGUUGGAUACCAGGAUCAUCACCCUACUAGAGAACCAGUUCAACAUGAAAAACCAAGAGCAGUUGUUGUUCCUGUAGAAACUAUUUUAGAUAAACCUGGGAGAGAUUCAAGGCCUGAUAGAAUUGUCAUUAUUCUAAGAGGCCUACCUGGAAGUGGAAAGACACAUGUUGCAAGACUCGUUAAGGACAAAGAAGCAUGUAAUGAAGCACAUGCGCCUCGUAUCAUUAGCCUAGAUGAUUAUUUCCUCACUGAGGUUGAGAAGCAAGAAAAAGACCCAGAUACUGGAAAAAGAAUUAAAAAGAAGGUUACUGAGUAUCUAUAUGAAGCUGAAAUGGAAGAUUCAUACAGAGCCAGUAUGUUUAAAUCCUUUUCCAAGACUCUUGAAGAUGGGUUUUUUCCUGUUGUCAUAGUGGAUGCCAUUAAUAACAAGGUGGAACAUUUUGAAAAGUACUGGAGUCUUGCAAAGCAGAAGGGAUUUGAGGUAUACAUUGCUGAGUUAUCGGCAGAUUCUCACGUUUGUGCCAAGAGGAACAGCCAUGGUCGUACCUUUGAAGAAAUUAGCAAGAUCCAAAGUGAAUGGAAAGAAAGUCCAACCCACAUGCUGAGACUGGAUGUGCGGUCUCUUUUACAAGAUGCGGUAAUAACAGAGGUUGAAAUGGAAACUGCAGACGAAAUUACAUCUCCAAAUCUUACAAAGGAACUAGGCAAAUCUGAAGGCAAUGAAGAUAACGCGGAAGAAGAGGAAGAGGGAACAUUUAAGUCUCGGAUACAGCUACCUCAAAGAAGCAAGUGGGAUGACGUGGACAGUUCAGCGGAAGCACAACUAAACAAACUCGAUGGAAUACGUCCCCUAAAAAGAAGAAGAGAAGCCUCCCCUCCCCUUACACUUAGUGAUGACGAGGAUCCUUACGAUGAAAAGGAAGAAGAUAUGAGAAUUGGAAAGAAGAGGGUUCGUUGGGCCGAUAUAGAAGAAGGAAAACACAUGGAACACCGAAGGAGAAUCGGGUUUUGUAUUGGGACAGACUGGAGUCUUCUAACAGACCCAAAUGCUAAAAUUCCUGAACAUUAACAAUCUUAGAAUAGUUCCUCCAGGCAAGAUAAAGCUGUCACAAGUCCUGGAGRGAGCGUACUGUUUUCAGUUUCUGAUGCUCUCACUAAUGCUCUCUCUUAAUGUUUACUACUUAAGUUAUGAAAAGAAAUAUUUAAAAAUUUUGUUUUAUCUUCAUGUUAUUGUAUAAAAGGCAUAAUAUCGCUAAUAGAAAAUAUGACUGUAUUUUGAAGUUCCAUUGUAGGAGAUUGCAUGUAUGAUAAUAGAGAACUGAUAUUCAGCAAUGUAUUAAAGCUAUAAGGAUAUUUUCACUCACAAUAAGCAAAGCAGGAAAGGUAAAUGAGCAGCACUUGUAGAAAGCACUAUUUACGAAAGCUGCCAGCUUUUUGAUUGCUUGCAAAAAUUAGACCUGACAAUACGGGAUUUAUCAUUUGAGGUAAAUCUACUGGCCUUACCACCACACUUUGAACGAGACAGAUUUUUUUGAUAGUAAUUUGUUGGCUAUCAAUAAAAAAAGAAUAAAGAAAACUUCAAUUAUUGA